CACAGUGACGAUUCAGCAGCAGCAGCGCUCCGUCAACUGCAGCAACCAGAGCAGCAGCUUUAUGACUCAUUUUUGCCAAAAAUGAUCCAGUUUUCGAUUAUUACUGCCAUGUUUUGAGACUGUGGUCUAAUUCCUCACCGCUCGGACCGAGAUGGCGCAGAGCUGGGCGGACAGGGCCGAGCAGAUGGUGUUUUCUCUGGCAGAAAUGCUGGGGCUGGAGGCCGCGGCGCCGCUGGCCUUGUGGCCGGUCGGAGUGCUGCUUCUGUCGGUUGGACUGGGGCUGAUUCUCUCGCUGCUGCUGCUGGGGCUCCACAGGCCUGGAGCAGCAAGGGAACAGAGGGGGACGGCCGAGGACAUCGUGCUAGAGCCCGGCAAGGCAGGGAAGCCCGAGGAACCGAAGAAGAGAAGCAGAAAGAAAGCGGGAGAUAAGAAGCUUCAUAGAAACGGCCUCGCCGUGGAACCUCAGGAAGAAGUGAAGCCGGCGGAGGUCCAGAGUCAGGAUCCAGCUGAUCCUAAAGCAGAUAAGGCAAAGAAGAACAAGAAAAAGCCAAAGGCUCCAGCAAAAGAAGCAAAGUCGGCACCUUCGGAACGCAAAGAACCAGAAGAAGCUGGUGCCUGGGAGACGAAAGUGAGUAACCGUGAGAAGCGUCAGCAGCGGAGGAAAGAUAAAGGAGCGGGGGAUGAAUCGGGCAGUCCUGGAGGAGUGGAGCCCUCUGCCGCUGAACAGCCCAUAAUAACUCCAGAGGAACCCAAAAUCACCACCCCAGCAACCCCCACCAAAACCAAAAACACCACCACCACCACCAGAACAACCACCACCACUAAAAACACCACCAGAACAUCCACCACCAGCGCUCCUGCCGCCGCAGCCCAGAGAAGAGAAGAGCCUCCUGCAGCUGAAGUCCAUGCUGUCAUCCCACAGGUGUCUCCAGGCUGGGAGGAGGUUCUGAGCAUGAACGGAUCCAGCUGGGGAGAGUUGGCCGCUCCGGUUCAUCCGGACAGCUGGAACAGCCUGAGCGCCGAAAGCCAGGACCUGCAGGCCGCCUGGCCGCAAGACAUGGAAGGCUCCUGGACUAUAGUGGACGGCUCCUUUACUGGACUACCUGCAGCAGCUGGUGAGCCUCAGCCUGUUCCUGACCUUUCCUGGGCCUGCCAGCCUCAAGUGGACGAUGAGUGGUCUGCACCCAACACCAGCUGUGCGGACCCUUCGUCUGACUGGAGACCACCGUCUGAGGAGUGGGGUAAUUAUGAGGGUCGGCCAGCAGAGGGCGCUGUGAGCUCACGGGCGCCACCAGCAGAGCUGCAGGAAUCCGAUACCGAGAAAGACAAAGAAGAACCAGCUGCUCCCGGAAGCGGCAAAGCCAAGAAGAAGAAGAAGAAAAAGAAGAAACUGGAGGACGGUGGGACUGCUGCUCAGGUGGAAGGAGAAGUGGGUGUGGCUAAAGACCAGAACACUGCAGGGAAUAUUUUGCCUAAAACAGUCAAAGAGCAGGAAAGCGUGGCCCCCUCAGCCCCUCCAAGAGCCACUCUGAAGCCCACUGAACCUGAAAUGACGCCCAGGAGCUCAGCUACACCCACACAGAAAAAGCCAGAGGACAGCUGGGAAUCCCCCAAGCAGGUGAAGAAGAAAAAGGCCCGAAGAGAAACAUGAAUGUGUGUCCUGGAGAAAGAAACGUUGAUAUGCAAACUUUUUGGUUGUACGGAAUUUCGUAAAUAUUGACUGACUGUGUUUUUUUAUACUCAGCCGUUGCCAGUAUUGAUUAGGGUCCGAAAGUGACCGGGUGCGUUCGCACUAAAGUAACAUAUCAAACUUACGACUGGAUGCUUAAACAAAAGAAAAAAGGCGUUCUCUCUCUUUUUUCCUCUCUCUUUGAAUUAUGUCUGUUAAUUUAUAUUUACGUAGUGCGCGAGAUUUUUAUAGUGACAUUUUUGUGAGCAGAAAUCAAAACUGGAACAGGAAAAUCUGAAAUCUGAAACUGGUCAGAACUGGAGCGGCACCGUUCGGCUGUAACGUAACGACUCGACCCCUUUUAUUCAGAAAACGAGAAAAGCAAAAAGCCAUACGUGGGAAUUAAAAUUAGGUGUUUUAUAAAAGACGUUAAUUGCCUGUUUAAAAGUGUACUUUUCUUUUUGUUUUUCCAAUUUGACUUGGAUUUUUCUAACCCCCCCUUGUAAGAAAUGUAGUUCGUCAUUUUUUUGCAUGUGUAGUUAUUUGCUUUUAAAAAACGUGAGUGGUUAAUAUUCAUUCACAGAUUUGUCAGUGUUGUUAGCGACACAGCUCAGGAGCUGCAGAUGCAAAAUAAAGUAAAGUAAAGCAAAAUAAACCUCCGCUGGUUAAAGGAAUACUUCAGCGUUCUUAUCUCCAGCGUCUGUAGCACACGGACAGCAUCUGCCCAUAGACUUCUAAUGUAAGUGUGUUUUAUGCUAAUGGGAUUCCUGCUCUUUUCUAAGUUCAGGAAAACCUGUUGAAGUUAUUGUCUGUGGUAACUGAGCGUACGGUACGGGAGCAGCGGAUGGAGAUUAGGUUGAACAAACGUCGGAGUUUUCCUUUAACGCUCUUCAGCGGAGGUUAAACAGAAAAUUCCGUUUGAGUGAAGUUUCCCUUGAAAUCGUGGUGAUGUCGGCCGGAUGUUACUGAAAACACAGCAGUGACAGGAACAAUCUUGGAUGCCUUAAACCUCGCGUGUGCAAAACGACAGCUGGAAACAUCUGUCCAGUGCAUGCAUCUUUCUCCUUUUGUGGGUUAUAUCAGUCAUGUCUCAUUAAAGUCGCAUCAUAAACACA